AUGCAGGGCACUGGUAUGAAACCAACUGAGGACUUUAUCGAGCAUGUAUCGCCCGCAAAUACAAACGACGAUUCCCAGGCGGUUCAUGUUCCUCUAUGGAAAUCGAUGAAGAAAUGGCCCAGAGUCAUCGCGUACAACCUGGCCCUGAGCUCUGCCAUCUUGCUGUAUGGAUAUGAUCUAGUUAUCGUGGGAACUGUCUCAGCGAUGCCAGCGUUCCAGCAUCGCUUUGGAGAGCGACUUGGUGCGAAAUACAUUAUACCAUCGAUGUGGUUAUCGUUGUGGAACGCGGCUAGUCCGAUCGGAAUGAUGAUCGGAGCCAUCUUCGGUGGACAUUUCCAGGAUCGUGGGGGGCGCCGCCUGGCACUCGCGACAGGAAGCUUCCUCUCAGCCAUCGCAGUCGCCAUGUGCUAUGUGGCAGAUCUACCCGACGAUAUGGACUCUCGAAGAGGUUUAUUCUUGGCUGGCAAGUUGUUCCAGGGUAUUUGUAUUGGCAUACUCCUCUGUGUCGUCCAGACCUAUAUGUCGGAGGUUUUGCCAGUGCUGUUGCGAGGACCGAUCAUUGCCUUCCUGCCAAUUUUCACCCUGUUGGGUCAACUAAUCGGGUCCAUCGUGGUCUACACAUCUCUCAAGCACAAGGACGCAACAAGCUAUCGGAUCUGUUUCGCAUCCCAGUGGCCUUUUUCAGCAGUCCCGUUUGUACUGGCUGCACUACUCCCUGAAAGCCCGACGUGGCUAGUUAGAAGGGGAAGAUUGGACAAAGCGCUGAAAGCACAAAAACGACUCGAUACUGCGCACAUCGACUCGGCAGCCAUUGUUGAUGAGAUACGCACAUCGAUCUUGGUCGAAGAGGAGGAGAGGAAGACACAGACUUACAUGGAUUGUUUCAAGGGCAUUCACAAAAGGAGAACGCUGAUCGUUGCAUUUGCCAGCGCGCUUCCUCAGCUCUUCGGCCUGCAGCUACUCGCGAACGCAUCCUACUUUAUGCAAAUUGUCGGCAUGGGGUCUUCAAAUAGUUUGAUAUUUUUGAUUCUUGGAAUUGGGCUCGGCCUGAUUGCCAACGUUGUCAGCUUGUGGGCGCUGAAUGGUUUCGGAAGAAGGUUCCUUUGCCUUGCAACUCUCGGCACAUCUGUGGUUCUAUGGCUCGCAAUGGGCAUUGCGGGAUGCUUCGCAGGUGUGGUGACCAUCUGGUACACUGCUGUGACCAUGAUGAUCGUCACCAUGGUUUGUGGCCUAGGAAUUUGGCCCGCAUCUCACGUCGUCGCAGCCGAAACCUCGUCACUACAACUCCGUGCCAAGUCCCAAGGUAUUGGCUGGUUUGUGAGUGGAAUUGCGUCUGGAGUGUUUUCUAUCAUCUUGCCGUAUAUCUAUAACGCAGACAAAGGAAACUUGAGAGCAAAGACAGGAUUUGUGAUGGCAGGAUUCGCAGCGGUCGGAAUGGUCGCAACUUGGCUCACCGUUCCUGAAAUGAAGGGUCGUUCUCCUAUGGAGAUUGAUCGCAUGUUUGCGCUGAAACUUCCCACGCGAUCAUUUAAGCAGUGGAGGAGUGAUGUUGUCCUGGAGAAGGAUAUGGUCACUGCGAAUCAGGACGCAAGACCGUAG